GAAACUUAGUUAGUUACAGCAAUCAGGGUUUUAAAAUCGAGAGGUUGAAAGGUAGUUGAGUUAGUUGCUUCAUCAAACUCCAUAUUUUAAUACCAAACGGCCAAACCACUCUGCAUUGCACCAUUUUUUUUUUCUUUUUUCUUUUUUACUUUCACUUUCAUUUUUUCCCUCUCUGCAAUGCAAAGAAACGUCAACACUAUUUCUUACACUCUUUGCUCUUUCUUCGUCGUCACAUUUUCGAAAACUGCAUCGGUCUCAACGAUCUCUUCGAUCUCCUCGCUUUCUUCGCCAUGAUGCGUUCUUUCUGGCGAUCUGUUGAUCGCUUCUCCGUUCUACACUUCAGUUGUUCGUGAAUUCUGGUGUGGAAGUUGCAUUUUGCUUCUUUUGGAGCUCGAACUUGUUGAUUAUAAAUGAUAUUAUCCGUAAUUGAUGAACUGAAGCAGAUCAAAGUUGUGAACAUGCGUAACAGGGAAUUAGUGCUGGAUUUAUUGCAGUCUGUUGUGGAGAUAAUUACUUAUGGUGAUAAACAUGAUCCAUCCAUUCUUGAAUGUUUCAUGGAUCGCCAAGUGGUUGCCGAAUUCGUUCGAAUGCUUGAUAUCAGUGAAAAUUCAAGAAUUGAGGCACCGUUACUUCAGUAUCUCAGCAUAAUGAUUCAAAACAUGGAUAAUGAACAUGCAAUUUGUAAGACUAUCUUUAGACCCAUCAAUAGUGUGAUGCACGAGAUCUUAUGCUAUGCGGAAAUGUUGUCAAAUAUGGCACACAGAAUCCAGAUGGUCUGUUGGUACUUUUAUAUUAUCGACUGGGCAGUUAGUGGUAAAAUAAACAGAGACACACUUUGCCUUCUUGUGAAUGUACAUGGGGAUGCUGUAGUUUCCUUUCCCUUGUACACUGAGGCUCUAAGGUUUGCUCAUCAUGAGGAAAAGAUGAUUCAGACAGCAGUACGUACAAUAGUUCUCAACAUCUACAAUGUUAGUGAUGAGAUGGUCUAUAAAUUUAUAAUGACGCCACCAGUUUCAGACUACUUCUCUGUCAUGGUUGGCAGAUUACGAGAAAUGUGUAUUCUCUUAGAUGCUUUUCUCCAUGAAAAAGGGGAUAUGGACACUCAAAAAAGAAGAAAUGGAUUGAUUCUUGAAUCUGAUAAAAUUAUUGAUGAACUAUACUACUUGAAAGACAUUCUUAGUGUUGAUGAGCCUCGAUUGAAUCAAUUGGUUACUGAGAAUCUCCUGAAUGGGCUUGUGUUUCCUGUACUAUUCUCAUUACCAGCUUCAAUGAAUAAUAAUGGCUCAGAUUUAUCUGCUAUCACUUCACUAUAUAUCUUAUCACGUCUUCUUCAAGUCGUUGGGGGAAGAAGCAUGAUUAACAACGUGGCUGGUGUUAUCCUGUAUCAUUUUUUGAACUUAAAUGCGAGAACUCUGAGCGAAGGGAACGCUUCUGAUAGCUCUAAUGAAGUUAAACCAUUUUCUAAGUGCCUGAAUGAAGUGGAAAAGAUUAUUUCUUAUGCUCCUGAGUCAAAAGGAGAUGGAAACAUCAAUGGGAACUAUCUGGAUUAUCUUUUGGAAGAUUUCAGGACCAGAGUCAAUAUUAGUUGCUCGAAUGGUGAUAUAUGUCCCAAAAGGCAAGGAAUACUUGCAUUUGUGUUUUCUGAGGAUCACUGCCUACUGUUAGCUUCUACAUUUCUAUUACUUAUUCUGGCUGAAAGUAAAGAUCUUGAUAGUCUACUAGCUCCAAUGAUUCGGCUGUAUCAGACUCAGGAUGCGAUGUAUAUCCAGGAUUCUCUAUAUUUGAAAGCUGAAGCCAAGACAAAUGACACAUCGACUUCAAAGUCCUUGGAUGGAAGUAUCUUCGGUGGAUUUAUGCCUGAGAUUUUAAAUGCCUUGCUUAAGGUUUUAGCCUUCCAGGAAUCCCACUCCACAGAGAUGCUGUGGCAUGCAGGGUGGUGCUUGCAAAAGCUUCUUAACUUUUGUAGAGAAGGACUUGAUGAUGAUAAUCUCCUCCUAUUCAAUACUGCAUAUGAUCACUCACAUGUACAUUUUCUGAAAGAACUUGAUGGAGUUUGGUUUGAUCAUAUUCCGGAUAUUGUAAGAAAUGAAUGGUCAAGCUGUACAAAAGUUUUGGAGCAAUCUUCCCAAUAUAAAGAUCCAAUAUUUAUGUUGGAACUUGUUCUUCCCCAACAAUCCACCAAUGGUCAAACAUCUUCCUGUUUUGCAUGGCAAAAGACAGUUGAUGCAGUGAAGGCUUUUAUUCUCCACUUUCAGCUGAAGACAUUUAUUUUCAAACGUGAGUUGGCAGAGAAUCCAUUGAUUGCCAUUUCUAGCAAUGAUUCUGGAGUAAUCUGUUCUUCAAAUGUUUCUUCUGCUAGCUUUGGGUCUAAUGUUUCUUUGGAAUCUGGAAUACCUUGUACAAUUGCAUUUUCAAAUGCCGAAAUUAGAGAUGUAUAUGUAGUACCAAUGGUACAUAAGAAUACCGGAAAAUUGCUUCUCACAGAGAAACACCCAUUUCGAAGCCGGCAUGGGGUAGUGAUAGCAAUUGCUCCAUUGGCGGGGUUAUGUUCAUUUGCCUCUUUAUCUGUUUCACAGCCAACAAUAGAUAAGGAUCACCCCUCAUGGUUGCAUCUUCGAGUAAGAGAGUUCAACCCCAAGUUGUAUGCAACCAAAGCCAAAGGAGAUCAUUUUAGCAUGCCUGAUCAUUUUGUGGAUGGGAAAUGGAUCCUUGGUUUCCCAAAUGCAAAAGCUUGUAAGGAUGCUCAUUUAGCCAUUCUUCGCGAAAUUACCAAGCAGAGAUCAGCUGUGGAGGCCACUCUUGCUCCAUUACUUAAUUAUGAUCUUGGAUUAGCUGAAGAAAACAGAGAAAAAUAAAGUUGUGAUGAUGAGUGAUUGUAGGUUAGUUUACAUUCCUCCCUUGUCUUAUUACUUCUUUUUAUAAAUUUUCUUUAUAUUUUGGCUUUAAAUGUAUUAGUCUAUAACUACACAUGUUAUUAAUGUACAUAAUUUUGUAGUGCUUAGUAUGUCUUAGGUUCACAGACCAGUACAUGUAAAUCUGAUUUCAUAUAGAGAUGUCUUCGUUUUGAAAAUGAAAACAUGUUUGGUGUAUAUAAAUUGAGUAAGUUAGUAUAGAGUUUUAGAAAUAUGUCUCGGCAAUCGAAUUGAGAGUUAUUGUUUAGGUAUAAAACUCCUAAAUCAUUAGUCAAGAAUGACAUGAUUAGAAAAUGGCCUUUUGCCACUGUUUAAUAUAAGCUUUUCUAGAA